CCCCAAUUCUAUCACUCUUAUCAAAAAUGCACCUAAACAUUCUUGGAAUGAAAUUGUUCGAUUCAAUAGAGAUUAUCUUACGUUUAGAUACGAAUAUUUAACUCGUGGCUCUGAUCAAUAUACCCUUAAUAAACUCGCAUCUACAGAAAAACAAUCUAAAAGCGUUAAGUUUACAAAAUCUGAUGCAAUUGGAUACUAUGGAUCAGUCGUAAUAGGUGGUCAAAAAUUUACUGUUAUGUUCGACUUAUUGAGUUCUGAUCUUUUGGUUCCUUCAUUUCCUUGCUGUGAAGACCACAAUAAAUUUAAGGAAAAUUUAUCGAAAACAUUUAGACAUAUCGAUACUAAAUUCACAGCUUUUUACGGAGCUACAGAAGCCGAUGGUGUUCUUGGAGAAGAUAAUCUUUUAGUAGGCGGGAUAAAAUCUGACCAAAUAUUCAGUCUUAUACUUUCAGAAAAUGGAUUUUUUUUGUUAGCUGAAUAUGAUGGUAUAUUUGGUUUGG